GCAAAUUGAGAAAAAAAGACUGCGUUGGGGUUGCGAUUUGACAGAAACUGAGUCGUGAUCAUCCGGGCGAGCCGUGGGUGGAUAGCCUCCCCUAUUUACCUUCCCCUUCUUUGAGAUUAUUGUCGUGCCAGCUUGCUGAGUGGCUACAUGGACGAGUGUUUUUCGCUGUAUUAGGGGUAACGUCUGUCGUUUGUUUCUCGACGUGUGCGCGUGUGUGUGAGAGAAAGAAAAAAGACUCGGAUACUGGGGACAUCCCCUGCUUGUUUGGGGACUGUCGUUUUCCCAGGCUAAGCUAGCAGCAGCACGGCAUAAAGGGUGGGGGUGGAUUUUUAUAUUUCGGCCCUCGGAAAGCGAAUAUAAAUAAUGUCUCAGGAGUAUGUUGUGGAACAAUGACAAGCGCAGGAAGCAGAUGUAAUGGAGGAGAGCUUCUUGGAGGUGAAGACAUGUCAGUGGAUGAGUAUCGGUUGAACGGUCAAUAAAGAGGUGUAGCGUUUCAGCUAAGCGAAGCUAAUCGUUAGCUAAGUUGAUCAAGGAAGUUGACUAGCCACCUUGCUAACCAGGCGACAAAUGUAUUACUGGACCAAGGGUCGUCUCAAACGUCUGAGUUACUAAUAGAGCCAACGUUACAGAUAUACGUAACAGGCUGGUGAUGCCAAUUUUUGAAAGCUGCAGUUUAGAAAGUCACGAAUUAUCGUAGGUUUUUAACCAAAACGCUAGCUAGUUAGUUUACCGUUAGCCAGUAAGUCUGAGAUUGUUGUAAACAAAGGGUCCCGAGCUCCAGCAGUCCACAGCAACGGUACACUUCGAGUUAUCGUUGACCGAUUGUUUCACGGACAUCGUCGCCUUGUUAGUUAACAGUGAAACUAACUCUCAGAAAUGGAUUUAAAGACAGCAGUUUUUAACGCAGCCAGGGACGGCAAGCUCCGGCUGCUUCAGAAACUGUUGGAGAACAAAGAUGGGCACGAGGUGACCAAGUUGAUGGGCGAGAAGACAAACGGGGCCACCCCUCUCCUGAUGGCCUCCCGGUACGGCCACCUGGACCUGGUAGAGUAUCUGCUGGAGUGCUGCAGUGCUCCUGUUGAGGUCGGUGGGUCGGUGAACUUUGACGGGGAGACCAUUGAGGGAGCGCCGCCACUCUGGGCCGCCUCGGCGGCAGGUCACCUGAAGGUGGUCCAGUCCCUGCUGGGCCACGGAGCUUCUGUCAACAGCACGACCCUGACCAACUCAACACCUCUGAGGGCAGCCUGCUUUGACGGUCACCUGGACAUUGUGAGAUACCUGGUGGAGCACAAAGCUGACCUGGAGGUGGCCAACAGACACGGCCACACAUGUCUCAUGAUUUCCUGCUACAAGGGACACAAGGAUAUAGCGCAAUACCUGUUGGAGAAAGGUGCAGAUGUCAACAGAAAAAGUGUAAAGGGCAACACAGCGCUUCAUGAUUGUGCGGAGUCGGGCAGUCUGGAGAUCAUGCGGAUGUUAUUGCAGUAUGGAGCGUCCAUGGAGCAGGACGGCUACGGCAUGACACCCCUGCUGUCUGCCAGCGUCACGGGCCACACUAACAUCGUAGACGACCUGACAACACACCAGCAGACGAGCCACAUGGAACGCAUUGAUGCCCUGGAGCUCUUGGGAGCCACGUUUGUUGACAAGAAGAGAGAUCUGCUUGGAGCGUUAAAAUACUGGAAGAGAGCCAUGGAUCUCAGGUACAUGGACAGUAACAUUGUCCAUAAACCAGAACCCAAGCAGCUGAUCAUGGCAUACGACUAUGCCAGGGAGGUAACAAACGGAGAAGAGCUGGACGGGCUGAUAUCUGACCCAGACGAGAUGCGCAUGCAGGCACUGCUCAUCCGUGAGAGAAUCCUCGGCCCGCAACAUCCAGACACGUCUUACUACAUCCGUUACCGAGGGGCUGUCUACGCUGACUCUGGGAACUUUGAGCGCUGUAUCAAUCUGUGGAAGUAUGCAUUGGACAUGCAGCAGAGCAACCUGGACCCCCUCAGCCCCAUGACCGCCUCCAGCCUGCUGUCGUUCGCUGAGCUCUUCUCCUUCAUGCUGCAGGACAGGGCCAAGGGGCUCCUGGGGACAUCGGUGUCAUUUGAGGACUUGAUGGGGAUCCUUUCCAAGAGUGUGUUGGAGAUUGAUCGGGCAGUUAAACAAAAUGGACCGAUGCCUCCUGACCCUGCCCAGCUCAGCAAGGCCCUGUCAAUCAUCCUGCACCUCAUUUGUCUUUUAGAGAAGGUGCCGUGUACUACAGAGCAGGACCACUUCAAGAAGGAAACCAUCUAUAGAUUCCUCAAGCUCCAGCCGUGUGGUAAAAACGGCUACAGUCCACUACACCUGGCAGUCGACCGCAACACCACCUGCGUGGGCCGCUAUCCCGUCUGCAAGUUCCCCUCCCUCACAGUCGCCUCCAUCCUUCUAGAGUGUGGGGCUGAUGUGAACUGCCGCGAUGAAGAUGACAACAGCCCCCUUCACAUAGCUGCAUCCAAUGGUCACCCCGACAUCAUGAACCUGCUGAUUUCAUGCGGGACUCACUUUGACAGCACCAAUGCCUUCCAACAAACAGCCUGCGACCUCCUGGACGAGAAGGAGCUGUCCAGGAAUGUCAUCCAGCCCAUAAACCACACCACGCUGCAGUGCCUGGCCGCCAGGGCUAUCAUCAAGCACAGCCUCGACUACCGGGGAAAUAUCCCCGAAAAACUAGAGGCCUUCGUCUUGCUCCACAGAUAAUGAUCGUGAAGGAUGGAUGAAAAGAGGAGGUUGUGCGAUUACAUCAAGUGGACUGGACAGACUGAGGAGCAUUAUAGUUCAAAGCCUGACCCACAAGGUGUUUGAAGAGCUGAAAGACACUAUUUUGUGAGUUAGGUUUGCCACUUCAAAUUAUUUGGACAGUAUGAACAUCUGUGUGAACAAAAAUGUCCUCAUUGAACCAGGAUAAACUGAAAAAGAUUAGAGUAAAUGGAGGAAUGAGUUAUCAUUUUCUUCUUUCAUGGAGCCACAGCUCUGACCGGUCACAGCGCGAUCUGUGGGGAUGUGUUAGGAGUGGAUUGCAACAUGGACAAACACAGUUGUAUCUCUGGAUGAACUGAGCAAAGGGUUUACGUAUUUUUGCUUUAGGAAAAAAAUUGUUUUUUUUUUUCUUUUUUGCAUAUUCCACUAUGCUAUUUAUUAAAUGAAACUUGAGAGAUUUUUCUCCAUGCUGGCUCCAACCCAGCCUCAACUUUGCCUGCUUCUCUCAAAGCAAGGACUGAGGCAUUUCUACAUAUGCUGGGACUUCAGGUCAUUUUUUUUGUUUGUCCCAUCACUGUUGCCAACAGUCAUGGACCCUUCCUCAGUCAUCAUUAGGUUACACCUUAUUUUUCUUUUUUUUCCUUUUUUUCUUUUUUACUUUUACAAUACAUUUAGUUAAUGUCAUGCAAAUCUGGAUGCUAGCCAAGUGGGGGGCAUUCUAGACUCAUUUGUCGUUCCCACUUUAGUGUAUAACAAAGCUUUACGAGAAGGGUUUAAUGUCUGCGAACACCAUAAGUGCUUUAUUCUUCCUAUGCACAGGCUAGGCUGUUGGAAAGAGAGACUGUUGUAUUCUGUGCCGGCACUUGUCUGUGCAAUAUCUCAUGAGUUUUUGUGUUUACCUCAUUGCUGCCGUUUCCUUCAGUAUCCCCUUUCUUCACUCAGAGAAGGGGGGGAGGGGGGUGUAAAACCAUUGUAAUGAUUGUUGUAAGAAGAGUGAAUGAAUUUGAGUGAUUGUGUAUGUUUGAAAGAGUGUGAGUGCCACACAGUGUGUUUCUUUUUGAGCUUACAAAAUUAUUGAGGACAAGAGUGGCACUCAUGAUGCAAAAUGCACAUGACUGCCACUAGAAACCACAGCGGCCAAACUAACUGUCAACAACCGCUGGAGUGUGCAGGCUUGUACACAGAAGUGACCUCUUAACGUUCAUACUUUGCUGACCUUUUAAAUGCAGUCGUUCUUGAAUAAUCAUGAUCAAAAAGUGAAAUCUGAGUAGGUUACCAACAUUGUCCCACUGUGCAUGUGCAGCAGCAGCAUAUCAAUCAACCAAUCACUGCAGAAAACCUUUCAUGAGAACUCCUCGACUCCAAACUAGACUACAGCUAGGGUAGUUCUGCUCAUUUUGUACAACUGUCGUCCAAUUGUAUGAGAACUGAAGACACAAAUGAGUGGGAGGACGCCUUGACGUACACAAUAGUACAGCUUUGUGAAUUAUCUUGUUUGCACAUUAGCUUUAGAUGUGUGGGUUGAAAAAAGGGCUUUUCAUAAUUCGUAGGAUUUCAUAUUGCAGUCUAUUAAACCUGACAGUUCAAAACCAGACAUAAAAUGUAUGAGGACUCCCAGGGCAACUUCAUUUGAAUCUGCACUUUACUACAACGGAGUUUAAGAUUUGAAAAUGGCAUUAAUCAAGUUCAUGUCUUAAUAAGCAGUUUGACAAUAAACCCAUGUUGCACUUGU